AGGCCCACACACUCUUUCAUACUUUUAGUCCUCAUCCGGUACCUGCAGACGCGCCAUAGCCCCACGAGAAACGAUACGGUUGAAUAAAUCGAACCGGAAUGUGAUCACAAAUCGAGAUUUUUUUUUAUUUUAUAAUGAUGGUGUGAGGGGCAGCCGACGUUUCGAAGCGUUAGUGUUGACCUCUUCCGAGAUUUUAAUGAUAGCUGUGAUUGUUGCCUCUUGUUGUACCAACUGAGAUUGUUAAUCGCUGUGAUUAUGUUUAGCAGUGGUGAGGAAAACGUUAGGUGAUAAUUUUGGAAUUUUCUAUUGAUCUACCAUGAUGGUGGAUUUUUUCAUUUCAGGCAUAAAGGAAAUGUGCGGCGAGGACCUGAAAAGACAUCAGAACGAGCUAAAAGUGCUAGAACAACCCCGUCUAAGUGGAUUAUGCGACGGUCUACCUUCGCUGAACAAUUCUCUAGGUAGCAACAGUUCGAACGACGGCGACAAGCCCACAAAACAGAAAAGGCACAGGACACGAUUCACGCCUGCACAGCUGAACGAACUCGAGAGGUGUUUCUCCAAAACCCACUAUCCUGACAUUUUCAUGCGGGAGGAGAUCGCAAUGAGGAUCGGCCUAACUGAAUCGAGAGUCCAAGUCUGGUUUCAGAACCGGCGCGCGAAGUGGAAGAAGCGCAAGAAGACGACGAACGUGUUCCGAACUCCGGGUGCUCUCUUACCUUCGCACGGCCUUCCCCCAUUUGGGGCAAUGGGUGACGGACUCUGUGGGUCCAGCAUGUUUAGUACGUCGGAGUCCCGAUGGGGCGUCGCUGGGAUGGCGACAGGUUUGGGCCAACUCAGUCAGAGUUCCGUGUCCAUGGGCGGGUUCGGCCAGUCGCUGGGACAACUGAACCAGAGCUCAGGACUGAGCCCUGCGCUGCCCAUCAGCACGGCCGCCGCCAGCACCGUCUACCAGGCCCACUACGGGCUCAAUUCGUUAGGUGAUAGCAUGAUGACGUACUGCAACAACGGUGGCGGUAGCAACGGAAAUGGUGGGACGGGUGGUUCGCCGCCCCCACAAAUACCGUGCUCGAGUGCGACCACUCCGCCAGUGGCGUCGGGCACCUCCCCCAACGAUCAAGAGGAGGAUGUGUGGCGCGGCCAUAGCAUAGCAGCGCUGCGACGGAGAGCUUCCGAACUCAACGCCGCCAUUCCCUCUUACCUGCAGAUCAACUACGACACCCACAACAAUGCUUCUGUAUAUUAGUUGCUUUGAGUUACACAAAGGUCUCCGACAACCGUACUAUUUUAAAUCAAUACCAACUAAUUACAACCGAUGUGUAGCAGGUACUUUGAAGUGAUCUAUGCGGAUUUGACGGUCUUGAACAGUGGUCGCAGCGAAAUUAAAUCAACUCAUAAAUUAUUGAUUAGGCACUUCCUUUGUGAGACUAAACACAACUGGAAGGAAAAGACUGACAAAUGCGCUUGGAAUUGUCAUUUCAGCGUACACUCUGGAGCAGUUUUAUUUAAAAGCAUCUCAACUAACUGUUAUCAAUCAAUCAUCAUACCUUACCUAAACCGGGUCAAAAUGUAUACGGUUAAAUUAAGUAGAAAACUAAUCAUGAACCUGCUGAAUCACAAAUAAUUGACGCAAUAAUUUCAACCACAAUUAGCGCCGGAAAAUUAGGAAGAACCCAUCAGAAGCAAAUCUAUUUUUCCGUGCUAAAUCGAUUGAUAUACUAUUAUUUUUAACUGUGGCGUCUAUGUAUACGAUGUAAAAUAAUUAUUGUACAAAGAAAAAUCGUAUGUUGAAUGGGAUUCCAUAUUAGUGUGAUGUGUUGUUUUAAAAUUUAUGUCCUUAGAAUAGAGGAUAAAAACUUUCGUAAUUUUCUUGUUGUAUACUAAACAGACGGUAUACGUAUUAUUUUUUACUUUAAAUAGACUUUUGAGUAAGAUGUGAGAAUUAAUGAUCACAUGUAAAUUCAUUGAUAGAAGUGUAUUAUUUUGUUAUGUUAUUCAUGACUCAUUUUGCUUUCAAGGUAGGAUCACAUAGUAUUUUUAAUGAAGAUAAUGUAUGUAUAUUAUUGAAAAAUAAGUUAUAUUGUACUAUUAUUGUAUGAUUAUGUGUACAAUUAAAAAUGUUUCAUAAAUGGA